AUGGAGAGUUGCCUGUUGGAAGGAGAUGCUAAAGAAGAAAUAUUGCAGCCUCCGGAACCCCAACCUGUACCACCGAUCCUCACUCCUUCUCCUCCGUCUGCAUACCCAGCUGUUACUACUGUGUGGCAAGACAAUGACCGCUACCACCCUAAGCCAGUGGUGCACUCAUUUACAACACCACCUCCCACAGACCUCAAUGAAAAUUACAACAAAACUUUGGAUACCUACAAACAGAAUGAAAAUUGUGCUGUGCACAUUGACCCGAUUGAAAAAAAGCUAGAAAGAAAACUGAGUAUUGAAAUAAAGAAAAUACCACUCCAAGAGGGACCCAAAAGUUUUGAAGUGUCCCCACCUGGUGGAAGCAGCUCUUUUAACAGAGUAUCAUUCAGUAAAGUAAAGUCUGCAUCAGCAGUUGAGAAUGAGGAAACCAGUAAAUCAGUGGAACUAAGCUGUGGACAAAUUUCUGCAGUUUCAGAGGUGGACGUUCGUCACGUGGAUGCUGCCGAGGAAGGGGGGAGUACUGAUGUUGUCUUGAGACCCGUACAAUUGCCACUUAAGGAAAGAGCUCAUGCUUUGUGGAACAAGGCAAGCCACGAAUGUCCACCACCUGCAUUUAGCAAAUCUUCCACUGGUGAUGAACUGUGCAAUACUCAAUGCCAUUCUUCCCAAGCAUCUGCUGUACCAGCCAAAACAUCAUCAAAAGACCGAACUGUAAUUCAGCAUUUGACUCUGGACACUGAUGACCGUGGUGUGAAUGUGGCACCCCUCAGUUUUACUAAUCCUCUCCACUCUGAUUCGGAGCCAGAAGAGAUGGAUGUUGGGACAGCUGUACCUAAAAAUGUUACCAGUAUUUUAGCAAGUGCCAUUGUUACUGCCACCGUACAAAAUGAAAGACCUUCGACAAGAAAAAUAUCACCCAUGUUUAUUGCUCAGGAACAUUCACCCAGCACACUAAAUUUAGGACCCGAGGAAUGUUCUGGGAGCAAAGAAGACAGUCCGCCACCUUUACCAGAACGAACUCCUGAAUCUUUUGUUGUGGCUAAUGAAUCUGACUUCCCUUUUCGGCCUUCUCAUGUUGGGAAGUCUGCGGAAUGGAGUGGUUUUCCACAUCCACAGACAAUUGAGCAAGUAAAGAUGGUGAGGAGUAAGAGCCUGAAAAAUCCUCGAAGUUCAAGAACAAAUAAACCUGAAACACAGGAUAGUGGGAGGCUAUUAGCUGAUUCAGAAUUAGUUACUACAGCAAAGGGUGAGGUAGACCAAACCUCGGAAACAAAUACAAAACAAAGAGAACGUGGUUCAGAUUUAGACAGUGGUUUCCUUUCGAAAAUGAGCAUGCUGAGAACUAUCCUUGUAUCCUGUCUCCAAAAAUCAGGAUUCAAUAAUCGUUAUACAAAACCGAAAGGGCCAAGAGAUCCUCCUCCUGAGUGGACAUGAUGGAGCAGAUAUUCAAAUAGACCGUAAUACUGGAGUGUCUCCCUUCAAGUGCCACAAAAGGACUGAAAAGUAGAAAAAUUAUUCACACUCACUAAAAACUAUCUAUCUUUACUAACAAAAAAAAAAGCAAGAACAAUUUAGAUGACUUAUCAGUUUCAAAAUGGUACACAGUUUACAUCUGUUGUAACUUGCUAUAAACCUUCUUCCAAGGGUGUGGAUUCCGGUGCUAAAUAUCUCUUUGCUGGGACCAUUUUUACCUGCCUUAUUUCACAGUUAAAGUAUUAAGACUUUUUUUAAAGUAUUACAGGCCUUAUUUUUUGGGGGAUUUUGUUACACUGCUUGUAGGAUUGUAUAGUAAUAUAGUAACUAUAAAUAGGUAGUCUGUGGACAACUAUUCUCUGCUAACUUUCAGAAACUAUUAUGUGCAUUACUCUUUUUUUUAUAUAUGUACAGGGCAGGUAGGUAUAUAAUUGACAAUGUUGCAGGUAUUAAAUAUUAACAGAAGAUGUAAGAAAUCUGUGCAUGAUCUAAACCUUGUGUACCAUUUUUUUUGUAAAUUAUUUGCCCUGAAAUUAUUGAAAAAUAUUCUUUCAGGUGUUCUUAACUACUGGAAAUAAGCAGGAAAUUGCAGUUUAACAGGGGUUGAGAUUGUAAUAAUACAUUUUGUAAAUUAUAAGCAAAAGGAUAUUUUUAUAUUAUAUGCUGUUAAUAACCAAUCCCACUUUGAUCUCUUGUUCAUUUGGCCUUGAAUUUAGUAAGUGCCUUCGAACAAUAUGCAAUCCUGUUAACAUCAUGUAAGCAUUUUGUUUGUGCUUUCGUGCAUCGGGAAUAUGAGGACUAUCAGUCUCACAAUCCUGUAUUUUACAAUAUUACCUGUCAGUAAAGGUCUUAAAACAAA